AAUCUAGGAGACCGCGGCUAAUGGAAGGCGCAUGCGUUCCGGGGGCGGCGCUGCAAGGCGUCGGGAAUCACGGAGGGGCGGGGCGGAAACGGGCUAGUGAACUGACGCACGCGCAUUGGGCCGCCAGCGCCCCGCCUCCUCCUUCAGGUUUCCUCUCCUCCUCCGCCACUCUUCCGGAAGUGCAGCCGCCCUCGCGCCCACCAGCGGCCACCCCCUGCGGCAGGCACCGCCCCCUCCCGGCUCCGCCCCCCAGCUCUCCGCCCCCUCCUCCGGUGGUGGCGCCGGCUUGCAGCCCGGGUCGUGGCGGUUUCGGUGCCCCAAGCCGGGAGCGCGGAGUCGUUCCCGGACCGGCGGCCAGGCUAUGAUCGCGGGUCCCCGGCGUCCCGCUCCGGUCACCCAGAGUCCCUGUCUCAGCUUGUGCCCGUACCCGAGCGGUCUCCUUAGCCCGGCCCCGCGGCGCGGUUGUCGGCGGCACCCCCGGCGCGCCCCCUCCUCCCGAUGGCGGCGGAGAUCCAGCCCAAGCCGCUGACCCGCAAGCCCAUCCUGCUGCAGCGGGUCGAGGGGUCCCAGGAGGUGGUGAAUAUGGCCGUGAUCGUGCCCAAGGAGGAGGGCGUCAUCAGCGUCUCGGAGGACAGGACCGUUCGUGUAUGGCUAAAGAGAGACAGUGGACAAUAUUGGCCAAGCAUAUACCAAGUGAUGCCUUCUCCAUGUUCAUGCAUGUCUUUUAACCCGGAAACAAGAAGACUGUCCAUAGGUCUAGACAAUGGUACAAUCUCAGAGUUUAUUUUAUCAGAAGAUUAUAACAAGAUGACUCCUGUGAAAAACUACCAAGCGCAUCAGAGCAGAGUGACGAUGAUCCUGUUUGUCCUGGAGCUGGAGUGGGUGCUGAGCACGGGGCAGGAUAAGCAGUUUGCCUGGCACUGCUCGGAGAGUGGGCAACGCCUGGGAGGUUACCGUACCAGUGCCGUGGCCUCGGGCCUGCAAUUUGAUGUUGAAACCCGGCAUGUGUUUAUUGGUGACCAGUCAGGCCAAGUAACCAUCCUCAAACUGGAGCAAGACAGCUGCACCCUGGUCACAACAUUCAGAGGACAUACAGGUGGGGUGACUGCUCUCUGUUGGGACCCUGUCCAGCGAGUGUUGUUCUCGGGCAGCUCAGAUCACUCUGUCAUCAUGUGGGACAUCGGUGGGAGAAAAGGAACGGCCAUCGAGCUCCAAGGACACAAUGACAAAGUCCAGGCCCUUUCCUAUGCGCAGCACACGCGGCAGCUCAUCUCCUGUGGUGGUGAUGGUGGGAUCGUGGUCUGGAACAUGGACGUGGAGAGGCAGGAGACUCCUGAAUGGUUGGACAGUGAUUCCUGCCAAAAGUGUAAUCAGCCUUUCUUCUGGAACUUCAAGCAAAUGUGGGACAAUAAGAAGAUUGGCCUAAGACAGCACCACUGCCGAAAGUGUGGGAAGGCCGUCUGCGGCAAGUGCAGCUCCAAGCGCUCCUCCAUCCCUCUGAUGGGCUUCGAGUUUGAAGUGAGGGUCUGUGACAGCUGCCACGAGGCCAUCACCGAUGAAGAACGUGCACCCACAGCGACCUUCCACGACAGCAAACAUAACAUUGUGCAUGUGCAUUUUGAUGCAACCCGAGGAUGGUUACUGACUUCUGGAACGGACAAGGUUAUUAAGUUAUGGGAUAUGACCCCAGUCGUGUCUUGAGGACACCCCAGGCGCAGACAGAUAGCAUUUACUCAAGAAACGGUUGUUGGAAUCCACUUUAUUACUGGGGCUGUCAGCAGACGCGUGAGAGUCCGAGAGAAGCUCGCGAGCCGGGCUGAGUUGGCAUGGGAGCUAGUGAGUGGACACCGGCAAGGAGACUCUUUCAACCUGUUCAUACAAUAGAAAAGAAGAUAUGUUUUUUUUAACAAAUGGUUUCUACACUCUGGCUGUGCUACAUUGUUUUGAGCAUACUGAAAACUCUGUGUGGGGUGUUUAAUUUGUAUGUGUUUCUCACUUCCUUUUCGUUGUUGCUCUGUGUGUUAGAGAGAUGAGGAAGGCAUCUGUUGGGGGUAUUUUUGGUCGUUAUAAAGUCCUUUCCAUGUUUCCUUCACGUGGGCAUGUUCUGUGGUCGGCGUCCUUUUCCCUCCCUCUCUGUCACCUCCCCUCCGCUUCAUGUUCGCCCGUGUAUGUGUUUAUAUUGACACUCUUUAUUCUCAGUGUUUCUGCUUUCACAGACCUCCUCUUCGACUGAGAGGUUCGGGAAACCAUUCGUGUGGGUUUUCCGACUGACUUCUUGAAUAUCACCUGAAGAGUAAUCCGUUUGGAAUGUCUAACGCAUUCCUGUUCAGCCGAGUAGACGCGACCUUGUGCUUCUGCCUCGCUCAGUGUUCUGUCUGUGCUGUGAGAAAGCUGCUCCCGACCACUGUCGUCCCAGAAGCGAUGAUUGUAACUCAGAGCUCCGACUCUCAGUGCCUGGGUCAUUUCUCCUUCAGUUGGAGCCUUCUGAGCCUUUGAUGUUUUCGUGUGAUUCACAUAGCUCUUCCUCAUUUACAGUAUUGAAAACAAACGCAACAAAACAAAAAAAACCCAGACCCCAUGUCCUUCAGAAAAAAGUGUCUUUAAGAUGUGUUUGUCCACGCGACAUCACCUCUGAAUUUGAAUGUGCUCCUUCCUGCAAGAUUGAAUCCUGCUCUACUCCUCACCAUCUGUAUUUUCUUCCCCUUGAAAAACUAGAUAUUUAAAGAUUUUUAUCUUCGUGUAUUUUAGCAGAACACUUUGCACACUUUCAUACUAAAACUGUGUGAUCUGAGACAUAAAAGGUACCGAGUCCUACAGCUUAUACUGUGUUCCGGUUGGGAAUGUUAAAAGAAAACAAGAAAACAAGAAAGAAAAGAAAAAAGAGGGCUUUAGAAAAUGAACCCGAAGAACUCUAAUUUUAAGGGAAUCCAGUCAAACUUGAUAAAGUGAAAUAUUCUUGUGUGUAGUGGCUCAAAUGUUGAGUCCUUUUUAGAAAUUUUAUUUUCACCUGUUGGCAGCCAGCAUGUGCCGUGAGCCUGCCCCGUUAUGUGCCCUUUACACAUCCCACCUCAUUCACCCUCACCUGUCAGGGGCGUCGGGGGACCACCGAGUCUCUUGAGGAUCACCAGGUUCAAUGAAGCCUUGCAGAGAAACAGGCCAAUUACUUGCCCUUCGCUAUCCAAGCCGUCCUCAUUAUCUUGCUCCCUUCUGAUUUGACAGGUUUUUGUUGGUGGUGUUUGAAAUGCUCCCUAUAUCUAUCUAUCUAUCUAUCUAUCUAUCUAUCUAUCUAUCUAUCUAUCUUUCUUUCUUUCUUUCUUUCUUUCCUUCCUUCUUUUUUUUUUCUUUUUUUUGGGGGGGGGAAGCUGUUUUUUCCCCCUCACGACUAUUAAUUACUUUUCUUUCCAACCGGGAAGAGUACUACCCUCCAUCCUCGGCUGCCAUACUCCCAUUCUCUGAAGACCCCUGACCCGCGUGCUCCCAGGGCGGGGCUUCUUCCUAGGGACGGCUCUGUCGCCACAGCCGUGGGAAGCAGGAGCGGUGGGUGUGCCCCGUGCAGCCCUGGCACAUGGCGGCCGUCAUCUGAGACAUCAGACGAGCUCAUGUGACCACACUCUAAGGUUGGACACGCGUGUACACACAUGCACGCACGCACAGAAGCGGUUUCCACUUGUCACUUCGCUGUCCCCUUCCACGCUACUCUUGGUUGCCAUCAGUCGAAGCUGUUAGAAUUAAGCUGAGUCUUGUCUGCAUGAUUGUGAGAGAGCUUUAAAAAGGGAAUGAAAUUCAAAAUACUCAAAUAUCUAUUUUAUAGUUUACUCCUGGAACUUGGAGCCAUGUACUAAGUUGUACAUAAUAGAGAACCAUGUGUUGGAAACGAGUAAUAGAACGAAUCGCUGUGUUCUCCCUUCCCGAAUUUCGGAGCGUGGCCCGUAUGCAGAGAGGGAGGACGGUGUCAGGGAAGCAGUAGAUCAGUGCCCAGCGAGGCUGAUGGGCUCUGAGUUAGGUCCAGAGGAGCUCGCACCCCACUGGGGAGGCGGAUUGUCCCUGCUGGGUCACGAGUGUCCACCGCGGUUACUCUGGGCUGCAACCUCGCACUUCACUGCAGCCGUCUCCCUCCCGGCGUGGCUCAUCCCCAGCCCGCAGAGCCACUCAGAGCCACUCAGAGGUUGACACCACUUGCCACCUCAUUGGGGAUGAGAGUCCCGAUCAAAAACCACAGAUAGAUCAUAGUCUCCCCCUCUCUGCCCUUUUCUUUCUCCUUAUGUGCGUGGGUGCUUGAAUUUGUUAAGAAGUAUUUAGCAAACCAACGGUGUGUGUUUGUGAUACUGUGAAUUCUUGAGUUUUGCGAUGAGUGUCUCCACCAUUUUUUGUAACUCAUGGAGAGAGAGAUGCUGGUGUUGGGUGUCUUCCCAGCAUUUUAUGGGGCAGUGGCUUCACUCAUUAGGAGUGAAAGCUGACGCCAGCACUUGUCUUUUCUCCUGUCAUAGUUCUUGUUUUGCCCUCUUGGAAUUGCACUUUACGUAUAUUUUUGCUCUGUUACUUCAGCAGUUCUGGCAAGGAAUGCCUAACGUGGUCAUGUCGGGAAAGUGGCAGGACUGCACAUCUCAUGCACAGACUUUUGUUAUGCAUUUGGUAGGAUAAAACCAAUCACAUGCUCUUGGUUUCUCCAAAGAAAUGUUACUGGAACCUUUCAUGGUCUGGGUUUGUGUCCACAGUAGCAAAGGUGGUUUUACAUUAAGUACUUGGAAUUGCAUGUCUUUUUAUAUGAUGUCAAUCAAUGAUGUAUUUCUCAUUUGAUGUUUCAGUUAUUCAAGGAAUCAUAGAAUCACAAAACUGGAAGGGAUCUUCAGAGAUCUAGAAUGUUCCAAGCAGAAAACAUUUGGUCAUCCCAGGCAGUCGGAUAUAUAGCUAAGGUGUCAACAAGAGAAUCUAAAAGUUUUAAAGAAUUUUCCAGGGACACUUGCUUUUGGGCAUUAACUACUAAUGGCAUGACUAGGAGGAAUGACCUCUAGGCAGCUCUCAGGAACCAGACCUGAUCCUCUUAUGGGUGAAUCUGACACUUCUGUUGGCCCCAGCCCUGUUUCUGAGGGGGUGGGUACUAUGCAGUGAGGCAAUUCUUGCAGGUCUUGAUCAGCAUAAGCUCCUUCCUACACUCUUCCUCAAGGACCCCUCCCCAGCAACAAAUCCAGGUGGAAAUCUGAGGGCAUUGAAAAUUCAUCUCCCCUGUUGUCUGAAGGCCGGCCUUGAGUGAGUCUGAGUCUACAGCCAUUGCCUUUCUUAGGAAACAUCACCUUUUCAUGGUUUGAGAUUCAUUUUUAAAAAGCAUAAUUUAUUUUUGCUUAACAUUAAUCCCUUUUUAAAGCCUGGAGAUUGACUUUUAAGUAAAGGGAUAGCUCUAAACUAUGUACCAAAGUUACUGGACAUAAAUAUUCAUUAAAUGAGAUUCCUUUGAUUUUGCUUUUUCAUAGUUUAAUCAUAUAUAAGUGAUCUCAUUCACUAAGAUACGUAUUUUAAAGUAAAAGAAAGCACUUUGCCAAACAGUCUUUUUCUCUCCUUUAAAACAAUGGUAAAUUUUAACCGACAGGGGAUAUCUAUUAAGUUGAUUGGGAAACACAGAAAUUAAGUCCAUUUUAAACACGGAGUUCUCUUAGAUGAUCCUCGAGAGUGUAGCCCAUUUCAGCCAUUUGUAGAGCGCCUGCUGCAAGCCAGGCUCUGAACUAGGCCGUGGGGGGCCGGGGCCCAUUCCCUGGCCUGGGCAGAGGCCACUCGAGGGAGUGGAUGGGUCAUGUCAGUCCCAUGCGGUCCGUUCUGUGAUAGAAGUGUGCGGGGGCCCACCCCAGGGGUUGUGCACAGGGUGCCCGCCCCCCAGCAGAAGGACCUCUGAGCGGAGGGUUAAAGGUGCAGUUGGAGUGAGUCCAGUAGGGAAAUGAUGUGCAGGCUGCUGAGACAGAAACAGGCCUACGAUCUGGCAUCAGCCUGGUGCACAGAGGCCACAAGUGGUUUGGAGUUGCCAGAGGGUAUCAGGUGCUCGGCUGCAGUCCAGGGGGGAGGGUUUGGGGGGGGGCUGUGUGGGGUUCCCCGUGACCUCAGAGGGAAGCAGUACACGGAGCACCAUGAGAGCUUCACUCAGCGUUUGAGAGUCAGGUUUUCCUGCAGCUGACUGAGGCCAGUAUCUAAGCUUUUUGUUUUUUUCCUUUAGAAAGACCUGGGAUGGUUAUCUUAAAAUGACCCAUGGCAGCUAAUUUUUUAACUUUCUGGAGGCACGGCCCCGCCCCGGAGGCCGUGAGGUGGUGCUGGAGGCCACCACAUGCGUGGACUUGGCCUGGGAGAAGGCACAAGCUAAUUCCCUUAUGACACAGGUGGGCCAGGCUCAGCUGCUCCCCUUUGACAAAGGAAAGACCAUGCCGGGUGGUAGGAGACUGUUCUAGACAACUGCAGCAUCACAGGUGUAUGCAGAGCCAAGCCCGUUGGCGGCCGCCCUCCAUUUCCCCGCUGGUCUGAAUUGUUCCUGCAAGUCAUGGGUCUUCUCAGUGCAGUGUGGGAAACGUGCUAAGUCCUCACCGUAGUGCCUCUCGCCACCUGGAAGGGAACAUUCCCACAGGUCAGAGGCCGUGAGAAGGGCUCAGGCAGCGCCCCCUCUGACACCUGACUCUGCCCAGCAGGGGCGUCCCAGCACCACCCCCCCCACCUCCCCACGAGGCUUGGCACUUUCUGGUUCUUGCCAUUCCAUCCAUUUGCCUUUUUCUUUCGCUGCCCAAGUGUCCUGUGUCCGUAACUUAAUUCAGGAAUAUCCAUGUUCAUUUUUCAACUUCAGCUCAACUUCACAACCGAGAAUUACAUACAUACCACCCCUUGGGGGUUUUAGUUUGUAAUUUUGCCUUUAAACAUGAUCCUUUCCACUGAGAAGCCUAUUUAGGCCUAACACACAAAAGCAGUCCCUAAGAAUAUGAUCUGUCCAAAAUUGGAGUGGGAUUCCUCCUUUGCGUUUCGCACACCAGGGAAUGUUGGAACACACAGUAGAGAGUCCCUUGUCAGAGACGGGGGCGGGCGGCUGAAGCCUGGAGGAGGGACUGGAUUGGAUGCUCGUUCUUGAGACCCCUUCCGGUCUUGCGAUCCUGUGAUUCCAUGAAUGUUUAUUGUUGGACUAAUGGCUGACUUUACUCCGACAGGUGGGAGUAUAGUAUCGGGAGGUCUUUGUCUUCUGUCCUAUCAAGGAAAUGGCUCUCUGCAUUUUUCCAUCGAGAGGUCUGGAAAAGAUGAUGAAGGUGGAAGUUGAUCAUGGUACCAUCUCACUAAAAAAUAAGAUACCUCAAAAUGUUCCCCUUUGUGACUCAAAAACGGUAGCUGACUUCCUUGGGAGAGAAAGUGGCAGAGAACCACAGGUUGGUUUAAAGGUUAGAUUGAGAAUCUGACCUUGAUAUUUUUUUCUCCUGGUUCUCUGGGAAUCAGAAGAGGGUGAACUCUAAUUCAAAAAGGGAAAAUGGUUUGCAAAGCGUUAUUUCAUUUACAUGCACGUUUUUUCCUCCCAUUUGAAUAGAUGGCAGCCUUAGGUCCGUAGCAUCCAUCUGUAUGAAGUCUAGACCAAACACUUGUGUCACUGGUAACCACGGUACUCGUCCUGUAUUUGUGUUGGACGCCAUUUGCCUUGCCUUUUAAAUGACUUAUUUUCAUGUACUGUCAUUUCGCAAAAGAAAAUCUUUAUAUGAAAAGUACAAAAACUGUUAUUAACUAGACAACGGGGAAGGUGCUCGCCCCCUGUUCGUGCCUGCCUACCUACCGCUGUCCCUAACCAGGGCAACGGACUCUUCCAUGCUGCACGCCGUCCGUCUGGGGCCCCUGUAGAACCUGGCUGCAGCAGGCAUGUUACUUCACGGAUAUCUUUUUCUUUCUUUUUGAAAUGAGAUUCCCCAAGGGGUCAGGUUGAGGAUGUCAUGAGCCUGAAGCAGGAACAGAUUUCUCAGAUGCGGUUCUAGCAGAACCCUUCUGGCAUCGCCAUGCUCUCUGCCACUGGAGACUUUGACAUUGACUUCCUGACUGAGCAGGUGGGACUGAGCAAGAAUUUCUUAACAAUGUUAAAAUGCCUGUGUCCGGUUCUGCGUUCAAUGCUGCUGGAUGUUGUGAAUGUUUUUAAACUCUGCUCACGUUCUCACUGUGUUACCUCUAACCGAACCAUGCCUGUGGCCAUUACCAAUGUAAGACUCUCAAUGCAAAGUUGCCUCCACGGUUUAAAAUAAAUCUCUGUGGAAACCUUCCUGCAA